ACAGUGAAAGACGGCAAAACCCAGCAAGGAUUUCAACGUGUUGCAGUACUCUUUCCCAUUUGGUUCCUUGAAUCGCUCCUUUUCAAGUUUCUGGCAUUUGAAUGGAAUGAUUCCGCUGAGGACGAACAUGAUUAUGCUCCCUGACAGGGAGCUACCGGGGUCAAAGAAGAUUACUCUGUUAGAGUCAAUGAAGGUUUAGAGUGGGGUACUUGAAUCUUGUGGUUGACCGACAUAAGAGGAAGAGGGAUACACUGUGCAAUAUAGAAACGAGGAAGAAGAAUGACCAUGGAAUCUGGUGGGUGAUUUGGAAUCAAGUUUGCAGGCAUUACUUGUCACCCCUCAGAAAACGACCGAUGGUGGAAAGUGGAUACACGAAAUAGAGCGGCAAAAGGAUGAGUGAGAGGAUGGCAAUAAUCGACUGUAAUGGGGAUGAUUCUGGAUCUGCUCCUUCGAUUUAUUUUCUGAUUCAUCAGUGUCCGGGACUGUCUCCAUAGAAGGAGUAGGAGGAAGAGUAUUAUGUUUUCGAGACUAAUACAUCCUCACGAAGGGACAUUUGGUCAAGAAAAUAUGCAGGGUGGAUUGAACCACAGUCACCUUGGAGACCCAUGUCUUGUCCUGACUGCUGAUCCCAAACCUCGACUUCGUUGGACUGCGGACCUUCACGAGCGAUUUGUUGAUGCCGUCACUCAGCUUGGAGGUGCCAGUAAAGCUACACCAAAAGCAAUCAUGAGGACCAUGAAUGUCAAAGGUUUGACUCUUUAUCAUUUAAAGAGUCAUCUUCAGAAAUACAGACUUGGCAAGCAAUCAGGAAAAGAUAGUGGAGAGGGAUGCAAAGAUGGAAUAUCUGCUUCAUAUCUUUUAGAGAGCCCUGGUGACUCUGCUCCAAAGCUGCCAGCUUCUGAUGCAAAUGAAGGUCACGAAGUCAAGGAAGCAUUAAGGGCACAAAUGGAAGUGCAAAGCAAACUGCACUUGCUAGUCGAGGCAGAGAAGCACUUGCAGAUACGCCAGGAUGCCGAGAGAAAAUAUAUGGCCAUGCUUGAGAGAGCUUGUAAGAUGUUAGCUGAUCAAUUUAUUGGUGCUACGGUAAUAGACACGGACAACCAGAAAUUUCAAGGCAUGGGAAAUAAAACAUCAAAAUCUUCUAUGCUUGAUCCCCUGGGCUUUUGCUCCUUACCAUCAACUGAGGCGACUGGAGUGAAUGUUCCGGAAGCACAGCCUAGUUUCCAGCAGCAGCGGGGUGACUGUUCCACUGAAAGCUGCUUGACAUCACUUGAAAGCCUAGGAGGGUUGACUCUGGAAGGAUCUCCAGGUGGAGCUAAAAAGAGGAUGCUGAGCUUGGACUCAAUGGUGGCGCCUCUGAUCUGGAGUGAAGCCAAUAUGAGAACCCAAGGCAUUCAUCUAGCCCAAGUUAAUCCUCAUGGAAUAACUAGGUAUGGCAUGUAGGGAAGGGAAGGUUGACCUAUUAGUUCAAGCUACCGGGACACUCUGAUGGACUGAAUCCAUAUCCCUUGGCGUAGGGGUUGUUUAGAUUUUAUUGAAGUUGCGAUUUUUGGUUUGUUGGAUUGUUGGGACAGUGCAGAUCAUGCUGUGGUUAAUCUGCCAUGUGACACCGGCACCAUCACAAAAAAUCCAACGGUUGAAAUCGUUUGUUUCAGGAAUUUCAGACAACCCUGGUUUAGGGGAUUUGUUUCCUUUCAUAUUGCGUAAUUUAAGACCAGUUACCGAAACUCUGAUCUUUGCCGUUCGAAUUGAUAACAGAGGCGGAACGAACUUUUCACGGUAUAUAAAUUGAAUCUAUGUGGUUUCAUUUGUCCAAAA